UUGUCUUUGGAGUUGAACAUUGUUCAACAACCGCCCUCCCCAGUACAUGCUCUCAAACAGCGACACCGCGAAGCGGUAAAGGGAAGGCUCGCUUUAUUUGACUUUCCCUUCACAUUCGAGGACAGCUUUCUAAAACUGCUAUGACGUCUCGCAGGUGGUUCCACCCCAACAUCACUGGCAUCGAGGCAGAGCAGCUCCUCUUGACGCGGGGGGUCCACGGCAGUUUCCUAGCCCGGCCGAGCAAGAGCAACCCGGGGGAUUUUACUCUCUCCAUCAAGCGGAACAAUGAGGUCACCCACAUUAAGAUCCAGAACUCAGGGGACUACUACGACCUGUAUGGAGGGGAGAAGUUUGCCACGCUGGCAGAGCUGGUGCAAUACUACACAGAGCAGCACGACCUCCUCAGAGAGAGGAACGGAGACGUCAUCGAGCUCAAGUACCCACUCAACUGUAAGGACCCCACCUCCGAGAGGUGGUACCACGGGCACCUCUCUGGGCGCGACGCUGAGAAGCUGCUCACGGACAAGGGCAAGCCUGGCAGUUUCCUGGUACGGGAGAGCCAGAGCAAACCGGGUGACUUUGUGCUCUCUGUCCUCACCAAUGAGGAGAAACACGAGAACGUAGACCGCAAGACCAAGGUCACCCACGUCAUGAUUCGCUACCAGGAUGGGAAGUAUGACGUGGGUGGAGGAGAGAGGUUUGACACGCUGGCUGACCUGGUGGAUCACUACAAGAAGAACCCCAUGGUGGAGAAGAGUGGAAUUGUUGUUCACCUCAAACAGCCCUUCAAUGCCACCAGGAUAAAUGCAGCCAACAUUGAGAACAGGGUGAAGGAACUAAACAAAGUGGCCGACAACUCAGAGAAGCCCAAACAGGGAUUCUGGGAAGAGUUUGAGGUACGAGAGCGGUGGUAUCGUCAUCACCGCCAGUGUGUUUAA